AUGAACGGGGUCGGUGGAAGAAGGAUGGGAGGGAGCACCGGGCGGGGCGCUAAAGCCGAGAUGGAGGCGGCGGACGGUGUCGCCCAUGUGGGGGGAGGUUUUGGUGGCGGUUACGCUUUUUCUUGGCCAUGGAGUUGCUUGGCGAGAAAUGGCGAGGGGAGGAAACGGGAAAGAAGCGGGGAGAGAGAAGCGGGAGGUGGUAGAACCGGGGGCGAGAAGACGGCGGGGGACGGGGGGACGGAAGGGGACGGAGGCAAGGCGGGGGCGGGUGGCGGGAAUGGGUCGGAUGGGGGGAGGAAGACGAUGAACGGUAGCCGAGCGGGAGGGAAGUGCACGCGAG